AUGAACUCUACUGACACGGCUGAUGACGGUGAAGAUGGGGGAAGUAAAACUACGUUAGCGGUUGAGAAGAACGCUUCAUUCGUUGAUGACUCCUACAGCGUGCCCUCCCAAGGUACAAGUAAUGCAUAUACAUCUGACACGGAGGUGGAUACAACAUCAAAAGAAGGGGAAACGAGUACUACGCAAGGUAUUGCUGAUUUUAUAGAAACCCAGGGCGAUAGGAGACUUUUAGACGAAAACAUAACGCCCAUCCAACGUUUCGCUUCCGUAGAACCAAACGAAGCCGCAUUUAUGCAUAGCGAAACCCAUAUGCAAAUCCUCACCACCGUAAGUCAGCAAGAUAUGCAGGAAUCACCGUCGACAAUUGACAACAUUGCAGAGUCAAUAACGGGGUCAUCUUUGCUCUAUUCUCAGGAGCACAUACUUCAGACGCAAAUAUACUCUCAGACAAUUGCCUUAGAACCCCCUGCGGCAUCAGAUGCAGACACCAAUACGGGACUCAAAGCCAGAGCAACGGAACAUGUGGAAGAGGAAGUAGACACGAGGUCGACAGGAGAAAAUGAUGAGCAAAUUGGCAGUCCUGUGAGCGUUCCUACAUGGGAUAGCUUUCCUGCUCAUGAACUGCAGGCGACUUCGGUUGCGCUCACGGUUGGAUACGAUGGAAAUCAGGAAGAUGAAUUUACGAAUUCGAAUGAGGAUAACGAUAAUUCUGGUGAGGAUACCUACGGGGAAGCAAACUUUGACACACAAACUACUGACACACAUGAUAUUGCGACCGAGGAACCAAUCGUGUCAGAUAGGUGUUUACAGGCGACCGAUUGCCUAACAUCAUUUGAUAAUAAUAUUCCGUCAGAGAAUAAAGUGAGCGAGGUAAGCACGUCACCCUUCAACAGUGCUUCAGCUCUGCAAAAUAACUCGACUGAGGAGAAGGUUUCUAUGGAGGUCGUUAAAGAAAACGCUACUAAAGCUUUCAAAAGCGCAGAUGGACGGCGACAUACGACUGACCAUUCAAUGCAACCAGUUAUCCAAACAGAAGAAUCAACUAACGGUUUUUCGAAGGCAGCUUCGGAACCGAGUAUUAUUCCAGGAUCAGCUGAAAUUUUAGGAACCAUGAAUCUCACACCAAGUACUUCAGGGCCCACCGAAGGUAGCGUAUCUACAGACGUAUUUGGCUCUGAAAAUGUGCAUGGUAUUAACCGUACUCAGAUCCCCACAACCGCUAGUAUUCAAGAAGCCCAGACUGCGUCAUUGGCAGGCGACUACGUGCCCUCUAGAACAGAUGUAGUCACAGGACAAUUUGAAGCUUAUUCCUCACCGAACGCAGGUGUGAUUCAAGCAGACACGGCUGACAUUUUCGGAACCGGGGAUGACAGGAGCUUUUUACAGACGACUCCAGUGCGUGCAGAAAGUAUCAUUUCGACAAACGUAAUGGACUCUGAAGCUGUGCAUAGCAAUAACCAGGCACAGUUAUCCGUCACCUCUAGUGUACGCGAUGUGCACGCUCCAUCAACGACAAAUGACGGUUUGCCCUCGUUGGCGGAAUCUGUACCCUAUUCUACCGAUGUGAUGCAAACGGACAUCCAAAGCUUCGCUUUACAGCCCUCUGUGACCUCACGGGGUACCGAUCGAAGCACUGAUGGCGAAAGUCAUUUCUCCAACACUGAUAUGGUGGAACAGUAUUAUAAUCAGUCGCAAGCAUUUGAAGUUUACACUUCCGAGGCUUCUGUGGACAUAUCUGAAUCCACAAAUAGCCCGCACGAAGUCGAAGUUUCUUCAGAGGAGAACAGUAAGAUGUCCACCAUUCAAACACCUGAGUCUGGCAUGUCAACAGAAACGCAGGAAACGAACCCAAAUCCAACGCGCGAGGAACAGGAUUCAGUCAGUCCGAUGACUUCAUCUUCGCUAGAUAGCAAUGCAGCAGAUGGAAUCGAGGCAGUUUCGUCUGGAGAACUACUCGAGUACCACUUUGAUGCAAGUACGCAGGCAGCCAUCAAUAGUGGCAGUUUAGACGACGGUACCACUCAUGCUAGUUCCGGUUAUAUUACGAAAAUUCUGCCGGUUUCUACCAGUUCUGCUGCCUCUUCAGAGCCUACUGCCACGGAACUUUGUAGCGCUGACUGCGAAAGUAAACAAGUGUUGAUUGAAAAUGUGAAAUCCGAACCAAAAAGAGAGGGCACGAUCAAAUCCACUGCUUCUGGCGAGCAUAUUACCACAAACAGGGUUAGCACAGAUGAUCGUGCAUCAAGCCAGCCGGCCGAUACAUCCACGAAAGCAUUAAUGCCUAUUGCAGGGUCCGCUUAUAAAGCGACUGAUCAAAAAACAGAAGUAAGUACGGCUGGACAGUUUAGAGAGCCGCCUACUAAUGCUGUGGGUAGCAAUGAAAUUAGUAUGGCAACCGAAGGGAUGCAAAUGCAUGCCCAUAAGCCAACAGUCUCCACAAAAAGCCUCAAGCCACAGCUAUCAGAAGCCACGGGAGAUGUCGCACAAAACACGACGCACGGUACGUCUGUACAGACAGUUGCUCAGCCGUCUGGGGUCUACAAAGAAAACGGAGGUGAUAUUAAACCAGCUGGCGGGAGGAACCCCUCAAAUAAUCCCUACAGGACAGAUUUGAAGGAUCCGGCGAAUUUGAAAAGUACCGAAGCCACUUCUGGCGGAAACAAGAAGGCCACUUCUGCCCCAAUUGCACUUGGUGUUAUCGGCGGCAACCUAUUCAACCUGUACAAGUGUCCAAGGUGCACUAGUGCAAGCAAACUGGUUGGACCGCUUGUUGUAGAUGUUGUGGCCUGUCUAAUCAUGCUUCAACUUUGA